AUGCAGGCGGCGCCAAAGCAGGUACAGACUACCGACAUGCCGUACGAAGCCAAGACAACAGGCGGGCUUGCUGCGAGUGGUGGCCAUCACCAGUCUGUGUCUCGUCUCAUCGGGCCGCCCCAGUAUAUUUUAUCCGGCCCGGUUGGUAAAGAGGUAGGAUUGGGUACCGACAGCAUGGCACGCUGCGUGCACCAAGACGAGCGACGGCCUGGCUCAGUAGGCCGAGUCUGGCUCAAGCGAAACGCAUACUCGUCCGGGCGAGUGUUGAGCAAAGAAGCAACGAUUAGCGCUCGCGCGUGGUGGUAUGGCGACGUUUAA